AUGGCGGCCUCGGUGGGCUCACAAAACCAUCCGUCCGUGUAUCCGAAUCACCAAAAUAGUCUUGGAAGUUUGAUAAGCCAGCAACAUGGCACCAACAUUGGAAUAACGCUUGGGACACUGUUUGGAGGAUUUAUUCUUGGUGUGAUUGUAACUGCUGUCGCAACGACCCUGAUGUACAGAAGAUUAAAAUGUCGAACACCAAACAGAAAGGAACCAGACGUUAUGUUUGUAGAAAAUAGAGAAGACGGUACAGCCGAUGGUGCUCAAAUUUCUUUUACAAAUAAUAAGAAGCAAAUUGUUGCAACAUUAUCCCCAUACUCUUUUGCUAAAGAAACACAAGGAUACAAUUUGUCUAGCAAACAAGAAGAUGAAAGGACCGACGACGUCUACAAUCAUUUACACGAACAGAAAGAACAAGAUGACGACAAUUACGACCACGCAUGCGCUGUGCCCAAUCUUAUUACAGAUCUCUCUGAUUACAGUAAUAUACAGGAUACAGCCACUUUUCAUACAUCACCGUCAAAAGAUGGAGACGACUAUUCGUCAUUAAGAAAUUGAAUUAGUAAAGAUCGUCAAUAUGUUUAUGAGUGAGUUAAAAUAUCGAUCUGUUAAGGCAAUCAAUCUAUAACGACCACAUUUUGUACAUAAUAAAUGAAUGGUCCGAUAUUCUUAAUCAUGAUAUCAUUUAAAAGAUAUUAUCAAAUAAAAAUACUCCACUAAAGGUAUUUUCAAAAAUUACACCUUCUGUCUUGCAUUGAAGUCUUUGGGCAACGUAUGUUUUAUUAAGAUACUGUAAAAAGUAAUUUAAAAUUCGCACAACUCUAAUGGCUAGUACAUGCAUAAACUUUUUCUUUAUUAUAAUAUAAAAUAACAUAAAUCAUUAAGCGCAGAUAUUUUGACAAAAUUAAACAUUUUCUUUAUUUUUCAUCAAGGUGUGAUAACUUUAUAAAAAAUUAAGGUGCAAAAUGACAGGCUUCUUAUCUGUUAUCAGUAAUGUGAAUUUGGUUCAUUUCACUUUCAUUAUUAUGUUGCAAUACAUAUUAUUAAAUUAGUUUAAAAUGAUUCAAAAUUGUUCAAUCGCUUUUCAUUAUACAUCAAAUACCUUAAAACACAUUAUAUAUUGAACUCAAAAUAAUGGAAUUUAUUACAGUCUAACGCAAUUAUUAUGAUAUGAUUUAUAGAAAAUAUUUCAUCAAUCAUUUACCAAUAUAACCAUGUCAAUAAACAAAGCAUUAAUAUUGUAUGAAAAUUAUGUUUGUUUGCAUUUUGACAUAAAAGAAAAAGGGGUUAAUUUAUAGGUAGAAGUAAACAAUUCAAAAUUAUUACCACAUUGUCUAUCUCCUUAAUAUAUUAUUUUCAACCCUUUAUGAAAAAAAAUAAUGUACAUGUACAAGAUAAUGAUUGUGUGGGAGUUGGUUAGUCAGUCAGAUUUAACAAAAAGGGAAUAGGAAGCAGGCAAUGAAAAAAGUCAGUCUUUAAGGUGUCGUUAACAUGUACCCAUUCAAUUAUGUAAUU